CUUGCAAUGAACAUAUAGAAACACAUAAUAAAUGGUAGUUUUCUGUUGUGGAUUUUAAAUUAGUUUAAGGUUGACUGGACAUUCUGGAGACUGGACAUUAGGACCAUGCCGAGUGUGUCCUGCAGAGGCGUCGCGUCGUCACGUCCUCCUUCCUCUGCUUCUUUUCGACGUGAGGCCGACUUGAAGGGAACGUUCUCGAGAAGGAAUAGAAAUAGGAGCGGGGAGUACAAACUGCAAGUACCCCAUACAGCUGCCUCAGGAGCAGUGAAGUGUCUUCAUGGCAGUUCGUCGAGGACACAAUAAGUACUUUAAAGACGUGUAUGAGAUGUCGAACGGUUAUGAAGAUCACAUGGGAGGGGAUGAGGCGAAGGAUGCAAAGACUAACCUGAUAGUGAACUACCUGCCUCAGAGUAUGACUCAAGAUGAGCUGCGAAGCCUCUUCAACAGCAUUGGAGAGGUCGAGUCGGCCAAGCUGGUGCGAGACAAAAUGGCAGGCCACAGUUUAGGGUACGGAUUUGUUAACUAUCUUAACCCUAGUGAUGCAGAAAGAGCUAUCAGUACUCUGAAUGGACUAAGGCUACAGUCCAAAACUAUCAAGGUUUCAUAUGCACGGCCCAGCUCUGACACAAUAAAGGAUGCAAACUUGUAUAUCAGCGGUCUGCCCAAGGCCAUGACUCAGAAGGAUGUGGAAGAAAUGUUUUCCCGCUUCGGGCGUAUCAUAAAUUCCAGAGUACUUGUUGAUCAGGCUUCAGGCGCGUCCCGCGGCGUGGCUUUUAUCCGGUUUGAUAAGCGAGCCGAGGCCGAAGAAGCCGUCAAGAGCCUGAACGGCCAGAAGCCGCCCGGCGCCGCCGAGCCAAUCACGGUGAAGUUUGCGGCCAACCCGAACCAGGUGAAGAACACGCAGCUCAUCUCGCAGCUCUACCACAAUCAGUCGCGGCGCUUCGGGGGGCCCCUCCACCACCAGGCACAGCGGUUUAGGUUUUCUCCGAUGGGCGUUGACCAUAUGGGGGGCAUGGGAGGCGUGAACGUUCCCGGGAACAACUCCUCCGGCUGGUGCAUCUUCAUCUACAACCUGGGCCAGGACGCAGACGAGAGCAUCCUGUGGCAGAUGUUCGGCCCUUUCGGCGCAGUCACAAAUGUCAAGGUGAUCCGUGACUUCAACACCAACAAGUGCAAGGGCUUCGGCUUCGUUACCAUGACAAACUACGAGGAGGCGGCCAUGGCCAUCACCAGCCUGAACGGGUACCGGCUCGGAGAUAAGAUACUGCAAGUGUCCUUUAAGACUAGCAAGGGCCACAAGUAGAGUGAUUUGGACAAUGGGUUUAGAGGAGUGCAGUAAAUGUGCUGUGUCAGGCUUUUUUUUUCUUACUCUCUCUCUCUCUCUCUCUUGCUCUCUCUCUCUUUGUAGAAAGGUGAAUUUAAAUGCCAAAGGCUGGCACAUUUUUGGUUUAAUCAUAUUCAGAGUAAACUGAGAAUUUUGGUCUUCUGCACCUUUGUACUUGUCUAAAAACAGUGUCUAAUUUUUUUUUUCUUGUCUUUGUUGUUUUUCCAGUAUCAUUCUACUCUUUUUGGAGGGUAUUAUUAUUAAUGUCAUUCACUUUCAGUCAAUUUUGAGUGCGUAAAAAGACGUAAUCCCACACACUGACUUUUGGAAUUGUUCUCUGAAGCUAAAAUACUGUUAUGUUAUCUGUGUUGCAUGAUUCUCGUUUAGGAAAGCAUGAGGACGACAGAGGGCUCAUUACUGGGCAAAGAUGAUUUAAGCUGAAAACCUGAGUUGUUCAAAGUAUAGACAAUUCAGUGGUUAAUAUAGAGCAAAAAAAAAAAAAGAACCAAUUUGAUCUGUUCACAUUGAAACGGAUGCCUUAAAUUGUUAUAAAUCGAAAACCGAUCUGUUUGGCGUAAAAGAGCAAAAGCACUUUUAACCAGUUAUUGUUUGAAGUUGCUCUGGUUAUCAACCUUUUUGAUGUUAACGUAAAACAUUAGUUCAUCCUCUGACCAACAUUUUAACUAUGAGGAGCUUAGAAGCAAAAUCCUUUUUGCUUUGGUACCCCUAAAAGUGUAUUUUAUUAUUUGUGGUAUUUCAUUAGUCUUGUUUAAAAAAGCAAAA